AAUCUAACAAGUGCCGAACAGAGAUUAAUCCACGGAAAUUACGCGAACAUUUUGGAGUCGUUGAGCAAGAACCAAGAUCUGCCACAAUUCGCUCUGGAUCGCGCAAAAAAGCUGAAAAAAGAACUAUCUGUAAGUCCAAAGAAAUCGCAUCAUUUUGCGACUCAAUAGUAGAACGUGAGAAACAGCGCGCCAUCAAGGAACACGAUUACACGCUCUCGAACAAGUUCGAAAAAAACAUCUCAAUGGGUGUUGCUGACGUUGCUAGAGUGCAACGAGAAAAUGAGGCAGGAAUUGAUAGCGAAGAACGGUCAUACGAGAAGUUCGUAGAGGAUAUUGAUACGGAUUUGGAGCCACGAAAUACUGAACAUCAAAUCCGUCCUUCCAAAUAUUCCGAAGAGGGAUCUCCAGAACAACAGAAUACAUUACCGGAAGAUGAAAUUGACACCAAGGAUGAUAAUAAUACAGAUGUUGGAAAGAUAUCUAAUACAUCAAAAAGAAAACAAAAUGAAAAUAACGAUGUAAUAGAUGAUGAAUUGCUUGAAAAUACUGAAUUUCUAUUCAACAAAUCAAAUGAGGAAUCUAUAAUCGAAAAAGUUGAUGAGAAUUCACUAUUUGAUGAGGCUCGAUUACCAUCAAGAAAUAUUAAUGAUAGAACACCAGAGGAGUUUCUUAAUGCAAAUAUUCAAUACAUAUCAAAAAAAAAAUACCAAAAGCUCGCAAGAUCUUAA